AUGGACCAGGGAGACAGAGGGAUGGGUCUCUCUCACCUUCGCUAUGAGGAGGAGGAUGAUCAUCAGUCCAUCUACAUAGGCGUCCCAGUAUCUCGGGGAUACAGACGCAAACGGAGGCGAAGGCGCUCUAGUCGAGAUGCUCCUAGCACAGAUAGAGACAGACGUUAUAGCCACCAAAGACCCCACGACCAUGACCGGUAUACAGAGAUAGACAUGGAGGACGGACUCAUGGAUUCAACAGAGCAGGGUCUUCAAGAUAUCAACCGCACAAUGUCACCAGCAGCAGAGCGGUUACGUUACAUCCUGAGCGAAGAUGAUGACAUGCCCACACCAACACUCUUCACUGAGAUGGACACUUUACAGCGAGAAGGAGACGAGCUGGAAUGGAAGGAAUCUGCCAGGUGGGUGAAGUUUGAGGAAAAGGUGGAGGAGGGAGGAGAGCGAUGGAGCAAACCCCACGUGUCCACACUGUCCCUGCACAGUCUUUUUGAGCUCAGGACGUGUCUCCAAACAGGAACAGUGCUCCUGGAUCUAGAAGGGUACUCGCUGCCUCAAAUAAUCGAUGACAUCAUUGAGAGACAGAUAGAGGAAGGCAUGAUAUCUCCUGAGCUCAGAGAGAAGAUCAGUUUUGUUCUGCUGAGGAAACAUCGACAUCAGACCAAGAAGCCAAUUCACCGCUCGCUGGCUGACAUGGGCAAGUCCAGCUCGUCUACUAAUCGAAAUGCGGCACCCCGUGGUGGAAUGGGUCCAGUACCAGGACAAGGUCAGGGACAGUCAGCCAACUUUAACCGAUCCACAGAGGACCUUAGAAUGAAACAGCAGCCUGCCAACUAUGGCCGUCUGCGUCAUGCUCAGAGUAGAAGUAUGAAUGAUAUAGCAGACACUCCCAGUACAGACCAGCUGAAAAAUAAAUUCAUGAAGAAAAUUCCCAGAGAUGCAGAGGCAUCCAAUGUUUUGGUGGGGGAAGUGGAUUUCCUCAGCAGGCCCUUUGUAGCCUUUGUCCGCCUGGCCCAAGCUACAACACUUGGAGGUCUGACAGAGGUGCCUGUUCCCACCAGAUUCCUAUUUAUUCUCUUGGGACCUCAAGGAAAGGCCAAGUCAUAUAAUGAGAUUGGUCGAGCCAUAGCAACACUAAUGGUGGAUGAUCUAUUCAGUGAUGUAGCCUACAAGGCCAGAGAUAGAGAGGACCUCAUUGCAGGCAUAGAUGAGUUUUUGGAUGAAGUGAUUGUGCUUCCACCUGGUGAAUGGGAUCCCAAAAUCCGCAUUGAGCCGCCAAAGAAAGUUACCUCAGCUGACAAAAGAAAAUCUGUGUUUUCCUUAAACGAGCUGGGACAGAUGAACGGUACAGCUGGAGGAGGAGGAGGAAGACUCUCUGAGGACGAGGAGAUGCCAGUUCCACAUGAACUUGGAGAGGAGCUGGCUUUCACUGGACGCUUCUGUGGUGGUCUGUACCUGGACAUAAAGCGGAAAUUGCCAUGGCUCCCAAGUGAUUUCUACGAAGGGUUUCACAUUCAGUCUAUCUCUGCGGUGCUCUUCAUCUAUUUGGGUUGCAUCACCAACGCCAUCACCUUUGGUGGCCUCCUCGGAGAUGCUACUGACAACUACCAGGGAGUGAUGGAGAGUUUCCUUGGUACAGCCCUGGCGGGUACUGUCUUCUGUCUCUUUGGUGGUCAACCACUCAUCAUCCUCAGCUCCACUGGGCCCAUUCUCAUCUUUGAAAAGCUUCUGUUUGAAUUCAGCAAGAACAAUGGGAUAGAUUACAUGGAGCUGCGUCUGUGGAUCGGCAUCCACUCCUGCCUACAGUGUUUCAUCCUGGUGGCAUCAGAUGCCAGUUACAUCAUCAAAUACAUGACGCGCUUCACUGAGGAGGGCUUCUCCAGUCUCAUCUCCUUCAUCUUCAUCUCUGAUGCCAUCAAGAAGAUGGUGGGCUCUUUCAAAUAUUAUCCCAUCAACACCGACUUCAAGCCCGACUACGUCACUGCCUAUAAGUGCGAGUGUCUGGCCCCAGACCCGAUGGCUGCAAUGAUCUUCAAUGGUUUAGUUCCAAUGCCAGAUAACAGCUCUAAUGUUUCUGGGUUAAAUGUGACAGCGCUGGACUGGAGCCAGCUGGGCAAGAAGGAGUGUCUGAAGUAUGGAGGAUCUCUGGUGGGAAAGUCCUGCAAGUACGUCCCUGACUUGGCGCUCAUGUCCUUCAUCCUCUUCUUUGGUACUUACUCCAUGACGGUCUCUCUCAAGAAGUUCAAGUUCAGCCGCUACUUCCCCACCAAGCUGAGGAAACUUAUCAGUGACUUCUCUAUCUUCAUGUCCAUCAUGACGUUUGUUGGGCUCGAUAUGUUGAUUGGACUUAAAACUCCCAAGCUGAUCGUGCCAACAGAAUUUAAGCCAACCCGACCAGAUCGUGGUUGGGUGGUGAUGCCUUUUGGGAAGAACCCAUGGUGGGUGUAUUUGGCCAGCUUUGUCCCUGCCCUCCUUGUAACUAUCCUCAUCUUCAUGGACCAGCAGAUCAGUGCUGUCAUUGUUAAUCGUAAGGAGAACAAACUCAAGAAAGGUGGUGGCUACCACCUGGAUCUGUUCUGGGUGGGUGUCCUCAUGGCCACAUGCUCCUUCUUGGGUCUGCCCUGGUACGUGGCUGCUACUGUCAUCUCCAUCGCCCACAUCGACUCUCUGAAGAUGGAGAGUGAAUCUAGUGCUCCAGGAGAGCAGCCACAGUUCCUCGGGGUCAGAGAGCAAAGAGUGACGGGCAUAUUGGUGUUUGUUCUUACUGGAGUAUCCAUCUUCCUCGCUCCAGUACUUAAGUUCAUCCCCAUGCCUGUGCUGUACGGCGUCUUCCUCUACAUGGGUGUAGCUUCCCUCAGUGGAAUCCAGUUCUGGGACAGGAUUAAGUUGUACAUGAUGCCAUCCAAGCACCAGCCUGACUUCUCCUACCUCCGUCACGUUCCUCUGAGGAGGGUUCACUUGUUCACUCUGAUCCAGAUUAUGUGCCUGGCUGUGCUCUGGGUUCUUAAAUCCACCUUCCUAGCCAUCAUAUUCCCUGUUAUGAUCUUGGGUCUGAUGGUGGUGCGAAAGUUGCUGGACAUGGUCUUCUCUCAGCAUGACUUGGCCUGGCUGGAUGACCUCCUGCCUGAGAAAGAGAAAAAGAAGAAGGAUGAUGAUAAGAAGAAGGGUAAGGAGAAGGAAAAGAAGAAGUCCAAAGUAGAGGACAGUGAGGAAGAGGAAAAGUACCAUGCCUACCACAACCACUCACCCAGCUCAGACUCAGACAUGGAUCGCAGCAUCACCCUUCACUUGAAGAUCUCCUGCCCGUCGUCUCCGGCCAUACCAUUGGGCCGAGGAAUGGCCUGCCCUGUGCCUCAGGUCAAGAUUGAGAUGGAGUCAGACUACGACUCAGACAUCGACCACCAUCGGCAUCGGGACAUGAGCAGUGAGACCACAUUAUAAGACCAAUGCACAAUAUCUUGUUGAAUGAACAGUGUAUGGGAAUAAACUGAAUGCAAUCAGUGCUGACCCAGAAGCAGGUUGUGUUCAUACCAACGCACUGAAUGGGACUGGUGCCAUCACUGCAGCGGUGGAUUUUAAAAACUGUAAAAGCAUUUGCUUUUAAACUGGUUUGUUUUUGGGAUGUUGUGGGAUGUUUAUUUACCUGUAUGAAGGACAGCCAAAACAGAGCAACCAUAUAUUAUUUUUAGGAUAUAUAUGAUGUGAAAAUUUUAAGUUUAGUAUUACUAGGCAUCAUACUAUGAUUGUAAUUAUACCAAGUUAAAAAUAAUUAUACGGCCUGAGUUCACUGUGCAAUAAAUUAUAUUUAGCUUGUAUGUGUGGAGAUGGAUUUUAAGGCAGAAAUGGUAAUCACAAACUCCAUUUUAGUAUCUGGAACAGUUUGUCAUGAGGUUGUAAAGCAUACUGUACAAAACCAUGCCUUCUUUUGUUUGUAAACUUU